UGCUUCUAAGUUCCUCACUUAUUUAAUUGACAUAGAAGAAAGAUUGACGCAAAAACUGGAUGUGGAUCUGACACCCAGGGUUCUGUGUAGGUGGUUUUGCACCGCUGUACGCCAUCACCAAGGCGACAGGAAGAUGACAUCCUCAAGUAUUGGGCGUUCUGUCCUCAGCCCUCACUGUGGCCCACUCUCACAGUGAAAGGAUACCUGGAGCUGUGAGGCAGCUGUGAAAUGACGGAGCAAAGAAGACGCUGCUCUUAGCGCUUCACGUGGGGCUUUGCUAUACACAUCCUGGGAAACCAAUCAGUGGAGCUUCUAGACAAGGCAUCCAUGAGGACGGACACGGAGGGGCAGCAGAAAAUGUGGUGAAGAAAGUUGUAUUCAUGUCAGAGUCAAUAAAGCCAGUAAGAUUUGUUGGAAGCAGGCAGCCAUCAAAGGAAGAAGUAUCAAGCGAAAAAUGUAAUUGUUGCCUAAGACAAAAAGAGAACUGUUCUGCCAGUGUUUCCAGAGAGCUUUUUCUCAUUUUCCUGACAACGGAAUGCAUGUGAAACAGAAAAGUGUGUAUAGACAAACUCAAGCACUUCUAUGGAAGAAUUUUCUGAAGAAAUGGAGGAUGAAAAGAGAAAGCUCACUGGAAUGGGGGUUUCCAAUACUUUUAGCACUAUAUAUAGGCCUAUUUUCAUAUUUCAGAGAAAAUGAAAUUUUUCCUGAAAAACCUUCUCAGAAUCUGGGAAGAGUAGAUAAAUUUAAUGGGUCUUUUGUAAUUAUGUAUACACCAAUCUCUAACAUAACCCAGCAGAUCAUGAAUAUCACAGCACUUGCUCCCUUUUUGAAAGGAAGAAGAAUCAUUGGAAUGACAAAUCAAAAAGAUGUGGAUAAAAUACUUCAAGACAAUUUCCCAGAUGUAGUGGAAAUCACUUUUAAUGAUAAUUUCUCUUAUAAUUUAAAAUUUUUCCAGGGGUAUUACCUUCCAUUUUUGAAGGAAAAUCUUUUCACAGCACAUUGUUGGGAUACAGAUGAAGACUACUCUUGUACACUGGCCAAAUAUUGGAAUUAUGGAUUCGUGGCUUUGCAAACUGCAAUUAAUGCUGCUAUUAUACAAGUCAUGACAAAUCACUCUGUGAUGGAGAAGUUGAUGUCAGUUAAUGCAAUAAACAUGAAGAUACUAUCUUUUAUUUCUAAAGAGUUUCUUCCAAACGAGAUAUUUAUAUUCUACUGUUUGCUUUACUUCUCUUCACUUACAUACUUUGUGUCACUCAAUGUGACAAAAGAAAGAAAAAAGAAUAAGGACAUGAUGAACAUGAUGGGUCUACAAGAUUCUGCAUUCUGGCUCUCCUGGGGUUUAAUCUAUGCUGGCUUCAUCUUAAUUAUUUCCAUAAUCAUUACAGUUAUCAUCGUAUCUACCGAAAUUAUAACCACAAUAAGUUUCAUGGCCAUAUUCACCCUCUUUUUCUCAUAUGGUUUAUCUUUGUUGACAUUGUCAUUCCUGAUGAGUGUGUUGCUAAAGAAAACCGUCCUGACCAGUUUGGUUGUGUUUCUCCUCACACUCUUUUGGGGGGGUGUGGGGUUCACUGCAUAUUAUAGACAACUUCCUUCAUCUUUGGAAUGGAUUUUGAGUAUGUGUAGCCCCUUUGCCUUCACUGCUGGAAUGACGAAGAUUAUCUACCUGGAUUAUAAAAUGAAUGACAUAGGUUUUUCUGACUCUUCAGAAGACUCAUAUAUGAUGAUAGCAAUUCUUGCCAUAUUGACUUUUGAUGCUCUUAUCUACUUGGCAUUGGCUUUAUAUUUUGACAAAAUCUUACCUUAUGGAAAUGACCGCCGUUACUCUCCACUAUUUUUCCUGAACUCAUCAUUUUGUUUCCGGCGCCAGAGGAUUGGUAAUAAGAUCCUCAAGAAGGAGCAAGAUCUUGAACAUCCUCCUAAUGAUUAUUUUGAACCAGUAUCUCCAGAAUUCCAAGGAAAAGAAGCCAUCAGAAUCAGAAAUGUUAAAAAAGAAUACAAAAUAAGGUCUGGAAAAGUCGAAGUAUUGAAAGGCUUGUUCUUUGACAUAUAUGAAGGUCAAAUCACAGCAGUUCUGGGUCACAGUGGGGCUGGCAAGUCUUCAUUACUGAAUGUCCUUAAUGGGACGUCUGUUCCAACAGAAGGUUCAGUUACCAUCUACAAUAAAAACCUCUCUGAAAUGCAAGACUUGGAGGAAAUCAGAAAGAUAACUGGCGUUUGUCCUCAAUUCAAUAUUCAUUUUGACAUGCUCACAGUGAAGGAAAACCUCAGACUGUUUGCUAAAAUAAAAGGAAUUCAACCACAGGAAGUGGAACAGGAGGUACAAAGAAUUUUACUGGAAUUGGACAUUCAAAACAUUCAGGACAAUCUUGCUAAGUUCUUAAGUGAAGGACAAAAAAGAAAGUUGACAUUUGGAAUUGCCGUUUUAGGAGACCCGCAGGUUUUGAUAUUAGAUGAACCAACCACGGGACUGGACCCCUUUUCAAGGUACCAGGUCUGGAGCUUCCUCCAGGAGCGCAAAGCAAACCGGAUGAUUCUCUUAAGUACUAACUUCAUGGAUGAAGCCGACCUCCUCGCAGACAGAAAAGUAAUCAUGUCCAGCGGGAGGCUGAAGUGUGCAGGCUCCUCUGUCUUUCUGAAGAGAAGAUGGGGUCUUGGCUAUCACUUAAGUUUGUACAGAAAUGAAAUAUGUGAUCCAGAAAAAGUAACAUCCUUCAUUAAUCAUCACAUCCCUGAUGCUAAAUUAAAAACAGAAAGCAAAGAAAGGCUCGUGUAUACUUUGCCUUUGGAAAAGACAAAUAAGUUUCCAGACCUUUUCUGUGACCUGGAUAAAUGUUCAAGCCAGGGAGUGAUGAGUUACGAUGUUUCCAUGUCAACUCUGAAUGAAGUCUUCAUGAAACUGGAAGGAACAUCUGCUAUCAGUCAAGAUUCUGAACAAGCAGAAAUGAUAAGAGACACAGAAAACCUGCAUGAAAUGCAGUCAGUUAGUUCUGCUCCCCCUGAAAUGCAGAAGGCUGUCAGUGGCAUGAGUUUGUGGAGAAAGCAGGUCUGUGCAAUCGCUUGGCUCCGUUUCUUGAAGUUAAAACGUGGAACAAAAGAGCUUUUGACUCUGUUGUUGGUCUUUGGAAUUGCAAUGUUCCCUUUCAUUAUGGAAACUGUACUUGAAGCUACCCUGAUUGAUCAGAAGAGUAGCUGGGAAUUUAAACCCGAGCUGUAUUUUCUCUCUCCUGGACAACUUCCCCAAGACUCUCGCAGCAGCCUGUUGAUCAUUAAUAACACAGAAUCAAAUAUUGAAGAUUUCAUACAGUCACUGAAGCAUCAAAACUUACUUUUGGAAGUAGAUGACUUUGAAAACAGAAACGGUACUGAGGACUUGUCAUACAACGGAGCCAUCAUUGUGGCGGGGAAACCCAAGGACUAUAGGUUUUCAAUUGUAUGCAACACCAGGAGGCUGCACUGCUUCCCAGUCUUGAUGGACAUCAUCAGCAACGGGCUUCUUGGCCUGUUCAACCAUACACAGUCUCUUCGGACCCAGAGAAGCUCAUUCUACACUUAUUAUGAAUUAAGCUGGAGUGGACUGCCAGAGGGAUCCAUUUUCAUAUUUUCCAUUGUCUGCUGUAUUUCUCCUUACAUUGCCAUGAGCAGUGUCAGCGAUUAUAAAAGGAGAAUUAAAUCCCAGCUAUGGACUUCGGGCCUCUAUCCUUCUGCUUACUGGUGUGGGCAGGCGCUGGUGGAUGUCCAUCUCUUCACUUUUAUUCUCCUUUUAAUGAAUUUAUUUCUAUAUAUGUUAAACAUACUGAAUAUUCAUAUAACAAGUCAAAUAGUGUUUGCCUUGGUUGUGGUUAUAUUUGGUUAUGCAGCUUCUCUGGUCUUCAUGACAUAUGUGAUAUCAUUUAUUUUUCGCAAGAGGAGAAAAAGUAGUGGCUUUUGGUCAUUUUGCUUCUAUUUUAUCUUGACCAUCACCUUUGACAUCAUUAUAAUGACUAAUUUGAACUCAGUUAUCAUGAUCACUGGCAUGGUGUUAGCCCCCCCAACUACCUUGGCUGGAUUUAUCACUAUUUUGGGAGAGGAAAUCCACAGGCACCAAACUAAAUUUCAGGACCUGAAUUAUAACCUGAGUAAAGUUGAUCUUCUACUAUGCCUAAUACCUUACUUUCAGACUUUGCUGUUUGCCUUUGUUCUAAGAUGCAUGGAAAUGAAGUAUGGAAAAAAAGUAAUACGAAAGGAUCCUAUUUUCAGAAUUUGCCCCCAAAGGGGAGAUGUUCGACGGAAUCCAGAAGAACCUGUAGAUGAAGAUGAAGAUGUUCAAGCAGAAAGAGUCAGAGUAUCUACCGCCCUGACAACAGCAGACACAGAAGAGAGACCAGUCAUUCUUGCUAGUUGUCUACACAAAGAAUAUGCAGGCCAGACGAGAAGUUGCUUUUCAAAAAGAAAGAAGAAAAUAGCAAUAAGAAAUAUCUCCUUCUGUGUUAAAAAAGGUGAAAUCUUAGGAUUGCUAGGACCCAAUGGUGCCGGUAAAAGUUCAUCUAUUAGGAUGAUAUCUGGAGUCUCAAAGCCGACAGCUGGAGAGGUGGAACUGAAUGGAUGGAGCUCCAUCUGGGACCCCCAGGGAGGCGGUGAGCUCCAGUCCCUGGCCUACUGCCCUCAGGAGAACGCGCUGUGGCCCAACCUCACGGCCAGGGAGCAUCUGCAGGUUUUCGCUGCCGUGAAAGGGCUGAGGAAAGGGGACGCUGCCCUGGCCAUUUCACGACUGGUCGAUACUUUCAAGCUGCACGACCAGCUGAACGUUCCCGCGCGGAGACUGACGCUGGGAGCUGCUAGAAAGUUGUGUUUUGUGCUGAGCAUCCUGGGAAACUCGCCCAUCCUGCUUCUGGAUGAAAUAUCUACAGGCUUGGAUCCCCGGGGACAACAGCAGAUGUGGCAGACAAUCCAGGGAACCAUUAAAAAGACAGAAAAGGCAGCCAUAUUGACUACCCACCACCUGGCCGAGGCGGAGGCUCUGUGUGACCGCCUUGCCAUCAUUGUGUCUGGAGGGCUGAGGUGGGUGCCUGGCCAGAACCCUCUUGACCCUCAGCAGAAGCGCCCCAUGGAAGCCACUCAAGUUCUUCCUUUCAUCUUGUACCACGUGCCCUUUGCCCUACGUCUGAAAUCUAAGUCUAGCAUUAAAAAAAUUGAGGGGCAAUAUUUUUUUCAACCUGUCUUUCCUCGUGCUCAUAGAUGCAUUGGCUCCAUCCAACACUUAAAAAGCAAAUUUGGCAAGGAUUACAUUCUGGAAAUGAAGGUGAAGGAAACUGCUCAAGUGACUUUGGUCCACGCUGAGAUUCUGAAGCUUUUCCCACAAGCGGCACAGCAGGAAAGGUGUUCUUCUUUCUUGGCCUAUAAACUGCCCUUGACAGAUGUUCAGCCUCUAUCUCAGGCCUUUUACAAGUUAGAGGCAGUGAAACAUAACUUUGACCUGGAGGAAUACAGUCUCUCUCAGUGCACACUGGAAAAGGUAAUCUUAGAGCUCUCCAAGGAGCAGCAGCUGGGAGAGCUUGAUGAAGAAGUUGACACAACCAUGAGGUGGAAGCUUCUUCUUCACUCAGAUGACCCUUAGUUCCUGGAGCCCAGCAAUUCCUUGCUGCUGUCAGAUAAGCUUUUUGUUUGCAUUCAUUAGCAGUAUGAUCAUUACAGAUGGCUAACAGCAAUACUAGGUAUAUUUGUAUAUUAUAUUAAUAAAAGAAUGCAUUGAAAAAUUAUUCUCUCCCCCCAUUUUAGAGGUGAUAGAAAUCUGUGACAAAGGCAGUACACAGGAUUAAUAAGGUUACCUGAAGAGCCAGGUGUUGGGUACUAAGGAAAUACAAACCACAAUCCUGGAAUUUUUGGAAGUAUGAUUUUUGAAAUAUGUUUCCUGAAAUAUUUUCUUGCUGAAUAAUGUGAGGGGUAUAAUCAACCCUCAAAUUAGCACCCACCAGUUGUGAUAUUGGGGUUUAUGCAAUUGUUUUGAUACACAAAUCAAUGGAAAGGUCUUCCCUUGAUACCUGCAGAAAUCGUUUUGGAAGUCUAGGCUUAGGCAUCCCUGGGACUCAUAACUGAACCAGCUUGCACACUGGAAAAGUGGUUCAGACAUGUCUUUUUAAAGCAAGGUAAUUCAGGCCCUCCCUGGUGUAACAGGUUAAAGCUCAGCACUCUGAGUUCAAUCCCCAGUCAGGGAGGUGACCCAC